ACCAGACUGUGGUCUGUUAGUGGAAGGUAGUCAAGGCUCCAGGUCAGGAUUUCUCGCUCUUGGCCCUACUGACAACCUGGACCAGGUCUUCUUUGUGGUGGGGGCCGUCCUGUGCACUAUAGGACGUUUAGCUUCCUUCCUGGCCUUGACUCCAGCUCUGGGACACCCCACCUGUGAGAUGGCUGGGCAUGGCUAGCAUAUCUUGCGUUUGUUUAGGAGAGAGUUAGAUUUGAAUAAGAAGAAUGGUGGUGGCUGGACCCCGCUGAUGUAUGCCUCCUACAUUGGACACGAUACCAUCGUGCACCUGCUGCUCGAGGCGGGGGUGAGUGUGAAUGUGCCGACCCCGGAAGGGCAGACUCCACUGAUGCUUGCUUCCAGCUGUGGCAACGAGAGCAUCGCCUACUUUCUCCUCCAGCAAGGCGCUGAGCUAGAAAUGAAGGACAUUCAAGGCUGGACCGCCCUCUUCCACUGCACCAGCGCGGGGCACCAGCAGAUGGUCAAGUUCCUUUUGGACAGUGGAGCAAAUGCCAACGUGAGGUGAUUACCAGGUCUUAAGUGGCCGUAGGAGUGGGUGUAGACACAUCUUACUCUAAGGAGGGCAACUAUACAGGCAGCUACAGGCCAGAAUCAGGGCAGCCCCUCCUCCAUAAGAGGGGUUCAGACAGACAAAGUGGCAGAAGAGACAGUCCCAUUCAGGU